AAAAAAAAUGCAAUAACUUCUUCUAGUACUUCAGCGUCGGUUUUAGCUUCAGCUUCAAAAGAACUUAAUAAUUUCUUAUAUUCCAAAAAUUGACUCCUUAAAAAGAACAAUUCAACGAGUACGGAAGAAGCAAUUUCCAACUUUACGCCCUAAUUGUGUAGAAGAACUAAAAAUUCCUGAUAUAUAUCGAAUAACAGAUAAAAAAGAAAAAUUUUUAUAUUUUGACUCUGGAAGUAAAAACAUGCUUGUUUUAGUAUUUUGUACUGAGGAUAAUUUGAAAAUAUUAAAAAAAUGUUCACAAUGGUAUGCGGAUGGAACAUUUAAAUCUGCUCCGCCACUUUUUAAUCAGUUUUUUGUAAUUCACGGAAAAUUAAAUGACGGAUCCAUAUUCCCAUUGAUAUACAGUAUAAUGACUCACAGAACAGAACAAGCUUACGAUAUUUUGUUUAAUUUUCUAGCCGAUGAACUUGGAGAGUUCGAACCAGAAUCUAUCAUGACAGAUUUUGAAAUAGCUUCUAGAAAAUCAUACAAUAAGUGUUUUCCAUCUACAAAACAACGGGGUUGCUACUUUCAUCUAAUGAAAGCUAUUUGGAAAAAAAUACAAACAAUUUCAGAAAUGCAAAAGUUGUACAAGGAAAAUAUAAUUUUCUCUUCGAAAAUUCGUUAUUUUGCUUCUCUGGCUUUUAUACCACCAUCAGAUGUUUGUGAUGCUUAUGAAAAAAUAUUAAAAUUAGAUUUUUUUGUUAAAAAUAAUCAAAUUAUUUUUCCUUUCCUAACAUACUUUGAGGAGACUUGGAUUGGUACUAAAAAACGAGGGCGAAGAUAUCCUCCGUUAUUUCCUAUACCUCCAUGGAAUGUAUAUGUGGCAAUACAAAGUGACUGGGAUAAAAUAAACAAUAUAUGUGAAGGAUUUAACAACGGAUUUGCUCAUUUACAUUCUGCUCAACAUCCUUCAAUCUAUAAAUUUAUACAUGGUUUGAGCCAUCAACAAAAUCUAACGGAAAUGAAUAUAAGUCAAAAUAUAGUAGGAAAUCCAAAUACGCCAAAUAAAAAAAACAAGACAGUCAGUUGGGCUGAACGAGUAAAGAAAGUUGUAGCAGAUUAUCAUAAUCGAGAGUUUGAAGAUUAUCUUCAAGGUAUUUCAUUGAAUAUAUACUAA